AGGAAAUUAAUGCAGGUUGCAAGACCUGUUAUAUGUUAAUUUGAGAAGGGGUUGGGCCAGGACGAUGCUUUAAAAUCAAUCAGCACUAAGUCACCUGUCACUGUGCAUUUUCCUGUCUUUACAUCUACUAUUUUAAGAGAGAAAGUUCUGGAAAGAUGACAGCCCACAUGAAAAAAAAUGUUUAUAAGGGAGUGGACCUCCACUGUCAGACCAACAACACUGAACACCACACCAGUGAAAUCUCUGUGGAUCGGCUGAUUGUGAGGCGAGGCCAGCCCUUCACCCUGACCCUAAAACUGACGCAAUGUUUCAACCCGGACCUUUACCCGCUCAACAUCGUCGCAAUGACAGGAAAACACCCAUCCGAUGUUCGGGGGACGAUGUCAUUCUUCAGUGUCCCAGACAGAGUGCAGGGUUCACCAUCAGCAAAGGCAGUGUGGAAGAUAGCGCUUCACAAGAGUUCCUCCCCACUAACAGGCCUCUUGAACCUGACCAUUACGCCCCCGGCCGACACCCCCAUAGGGGAGUACUUGAUGUAUGUGACGCACAGGGAUGAGAAAAUGUUACUGGCAACGCCGGUGGUGCUCUUCAACCCCUGGUGUCCUGAUGACUGGGUGUUUCUGUCUAAUGGGGAGCAGAGGCAGGAGUAUGUAAUGAAUGAACAAGGAAUCAUCUACCGAGGAAGUGGCAGCUACAUUUCCCCUAUGAGCUGGGACUACGGACAGUUUGAAGACAACAUGGUGGACAUUUGUUUGAAGAUGUUGGACAUGAACAACAAACACUUGAAUGACCCAGCUGACGAUGUUUCUGCGCGCUGUAACCCCAUCUACGUCAGCCGUGUGGUCAGCGCCAUGAUCAACUGUAAUGACGACCGUGGUGUCCUGCUGGGACGCUGGGACGGUUCAUAUUGGGACGGGGUCCCACCCUUUCAGUGGAAUGGCAGUCAUGCCAUUCUUAAGCAGUGGAUAAAUACUGACUGCCGCCCGGUCAAGUACGGGCAGUGCUGGGUGUUCGCCGGUGUGAUGUGCUCAGUAAUGCGCCUGCUGGGCAUCCCCUGCCGUGUGGUCUCCAACUUCGAGUCAGCCCAUGACAACAACAGCAAUCUGAUCAUCGACGUGUACCACGCCGACUACGGAGUGAGAGAGAAAGAAUCCCCUGACAGUAUUUGGAACUUCCACGUGUGGGUGGAGGGGUGGAUGAGGCGGCCAGACCUGGCAAAAGAUGGCAAAUAUGACGGCUGGCAAGUUUUGGACCCAACACCACAGGAGAAGAGCGAUGGUGUAUACUGCUGCGGUCCUGCCUCGGUCACAGCCAUUCUUAACGGAGACACAGACCUGAAAUAUGACGUACCAUUUGUCUUUGCAGAGGUCAAUGCCGACUGUAUUGACUGGCUGAUCAAAGCUGACGGUUCAAAAGUGAAUAUCUUGUCUGAUACUAAACGAGUUGGUAAGAAUAUCUCCACCAAGUCUGUUGGCUCCAACAGGAGGAUGGACAUCACCGACUCUUACAAAUACAGAGAGGGAUCAGAGAAGGAGAGGUCUGUCUUCAAAUACGCUGUCAGCAGACUCUCCCCCAAUGUAAAGCCAGUCGAGAGUAGACCGAUGAAGGUGAAUGAUGAAGUAACCCCAGACUGCAUCACUCCACUGUCCAUACGAUUUGAAGAGGUGUCCAAACCGAUGAACGGCAGGGAUGUGAGCCUAAAGCUGGUGCUGGGCACUGAGGGCAAUGCUGCCAGGCCGCUGUCUAUCAACAUCAGUGUCCAAGCCAUGAGGUACAACGGCUCACCAGCUGUGACCAUUCAGACUGAGGUGAAAGAGGAGACACUGCAGCCUGGGAGAGAUCUAUCCAUCCCUAUCCUGGUCCCAUUCUUGGCUUACAAUAAACACAUGGUGAAGUGUGAAAGCAUGAAGGUUUCAGUCAUGGUCACGGACAAACAGAAGCCAAAUAACGUAUACCUGGCUGUGCAGGACAUUGUGCUGCUUAACCCUCCCAUCUCCAUCACCGUUUCCAGUCCAACCAGAUGGAACUGUGAGGCAUCUGGGGAAGUGGUUUUUAUGAACCCAGUUGACGAGACGCUGAAGGACUGCACCCUGACUCUAACUGGAAGUGGCCUUUUGAAAGAGGAGAUUGUAAACACGCUUCCAGAUCUGAAGCCAAACAACGGAAUACGCGUCAAGUUCUUCUUUGUUCCCAACAAGAUUGGCGACAAGACUCUGGUGGCCAACUUCGACUGUUCCACUUUCAGACACAUCAAGGGUAGCUGCAGUGUCAAUGUCAGGCUGUAAAUUCUCAGUAUCGCUGAGUAAGAAUCAUGGUUUUCAUACACUUUCUGUAAUAAAACACAACAACACACAAAAGCAAAAGUCCUCAGAUAGGGAACCUUGGGACAAAAUCAUACCAAAUAAUCCUUUUUGAGUAAAAUCACUUCAUUGUUGCUUUUGGUCUUUUAAUGAGAUUUACCUGCAAGACGAAAAAUAUAGAAUAUCACCAAACUAAUCCUGUAAGUGACAAAAGGACGCCACUUCAGGAGUGAUGCUCUCCAUUUCCUUCAUCCCUACAGAGUCAUGGAAAUAGUGAAUUUGGCAAAGCUGAUGUUAGCAAGAAACACGAGUCAGACGAUCAUACAGAUUGGAAACAAACCUCCAGGUUAGCCAAAUUUAGACAAGAAAAGCAAACAGUAAAAUUGUUAGCCAAACUGUCCGUUGUAAACACUCAAAACACUUCCUGCUUGGACUUUGACCUCUUCUGCUUACUGUAGUUAUGCACAGUUUUUCUGUCCACUAAGAGAUUAUUACGAACAUUUCAGGCGCACGUUCUAUUUUGCUUUUAAAUAAAGUGGUUUAGAUAAUCUGGAUUAUAUCUGGAUAUAAUAUGGUGUGUUUACAACCUCUCUGGUCGUCUGACUGCUCAUGUUUGUUGCCCUGUUGGAUCUGCUGUAAUGAUGUUGCAUACAAUGGCCACUUAAGUAUCAGACAACGCUGUAUUUGCUAAAAUAAAUAAGACUAUAUUUUGAGGCACUGAUUGAAUAGUGAGGCUGUUAAUAUUUGUGGCUGUUUCUUUAAGAACUGAGUUAGAGACCAUCUGACACUGAAUCUGGUACUGAUGACUUUUAUAGAUUGUCUUCAGAAUCUUUAUCAUUAACAAGUGAUCCAUCCCAAAGAUAUGCAGUGGAAUCAGGACAUUUUUCAUUUGAAAAAAAAAAAAUUCCUACCUGACUCUUCACAAAUAUCUCCAUAGUUAUGAUGCUGCACCACAAGCUCGUAUAUGCUGCAGUGGUUUCCAGGUGAAAGUGGAAUCUGCUGCAGAAACAGUGUAGUGCUGAAGCUGUCUAUAUAUAUAUUUACAUACACUUUUUUACAUUUUACUUGUCAGUUUUGUCGACAGAAAAUAUUUAAUAAACCAAUAUUAGCCUGCUUUACAUUUUGACCUUGGGUUCAAAGUCUUAACAGGAAAUUGAAAGUUUGCAUCACAGAAGAAUGCAGCUAAACCUGAUACACACAGACAACUGUUUUCUCAAUUUGUGAGGAAUGUUCAGGCUACAAUUGAACCUGCAGUCUUCUUAACUCUUAGCUUGAACUGCACCAAAAAAAUCAAUCCAUCAAUCCAUCCAUUAAUUCUCUACAUAUGCUUGUUACUGCCCCUGUGAGGAAAUGAGAUGGUGUUAAAGUGUGUCCUUGUGGCUAAACAAAAUAAAAGGCCAAAUGCUAUGUAA